AUGGAUUCAUCAAAUCUUGGCCAACAAAACAAACUCCAUGAUCAAACCUCACAUCACGAUCAACCAACACUAGAAAAGCAGCAAUCAACAUCAAAUAUAUUUUCACUUACGCUUGAUGAAUUUCAGCAGAACAUGGUCAGCAACAAGAAUUUGGGGUCAAUGAAUAUGGAUGAGUUUCUUAAUAGUAUUUGUAAUGUAGAAGACAACCACAACAACAAUGAAGAUGGUAAUAAUCUCUUUAUAAACCCAUCAACAGAUUCCAAAGUUCUUCCUCCUACACUUUCUCUAAAGACUGUUGAUGAAGUUUGGUCUGAAAUUUACCCUACAGUACCACCACCAAGUGGUGGUAAUCCUGUAGUAAAUGACAAUAUUACUCAACGUCAAACAACGUUUGGUGAGAUGACACUUGAAGAUUUUUUAGUCAAAGCAGGGGUAGUUCGGGAAGGAAAUACAAAUAAUAAAUCUGGAUCUUCAUCAAAUUCGGUCGAGAAUCAAUUACGGGUAGAACCGGGGCAGCUAAAUUUCCCGAAAUUUGAUAGACAGCAACCCGUCCUGAUGGGUCAUGGAGGUGGGAAUUCUGUUAAUUUGGGCAGUGUUAAUGGUGGUGGAUUUGUACCGGCUGUAGGGGAUAUGCCUAAUUCAGGUAUGUAUAUCGGUGUUAGUGGGAGUAGAGUUGGUAAAGACGUCGAGUAUGGUGCAGGUCAGAUGUUGCACCGAGCUACACCUGGUCGUGCAGGAGCUUAUUACAGUAAUCAGGGGGAUCAGAGUCGGGCCGAGUUGGAGAUGGGACGUGGGACGUGGAGAGGGAGGAAGAGAUGUAGAAGUAGUAAGGCCACGGAGGACGACGAUGGUGCCGGUCCGGUUGAGAAGGUUGUUGAGCGGAGACAAAGGCGAAUGAUUAAGAACCGAGAAGCUGCUUCCCGAUCCCGAGCUCGGAAACAGGCAUAUACGGUGGAGCUAGAAGCUGCACUAGACCAGCUCAAGGAAGAGAAUGCACGUCUCAACCAAACUCUGGUACGAGAAAUGAAAGGUUUGAAAGGUAAACAUUUUGGGAAGGCGCAGGCAACGACACCAACCGCGAAAUUGAAAAUGUUGGGCAGGAUGUGGAGCUUGCCACUGAUUAGUUACUUGACUAAAUAAUUAUUAGAUUUUUAAGUGAGUGAAUUUAGUGGUGAAUUAAGGCGUAUACAUGGUGAACUGAUCUAAGGUUGAAAUUGCAA